AUGAUAUCAAGGCAGUCGCAGUCGCAGUCGCAGUUCUUAACUCUCAUGAAGAAAUCACUCUCAGCCAGCUACGAAAUCCCUGUUUGCAAUUAUACUGGGAUUUCUUGUGAUGAUCAAGAAAACAUUGUGCAAAUUGAUAUCUCUGGGUGGUCAGUUUCUGGUAAGUUUCCUACACAAGUAUGCUCAUAUUUACCAAAACUGCGAGUUCUCCGGGUUGGCCACAACUUGUUCCAUGGGGAGUUUAGUCGAGAUAUCCUCAACUGCUCUCUCUUGGAAGAGCUGAACAUUACAUAUGCUCAUCUCACUGGAACAUUGCCAGAUUUGUCUCCUUUAAAAUCUUUGAGAUUACUUGACCUUUCAUACAACUCGUUCUCUGAGAAUAUAUCCCGGCUCACAAAUCUUAAGUCCAUGAUCUUGUCAACAUGUAAGUUGCGUGGCAAAAUUUCACCCUUCAUAGGAAACAUGGCGUCUCUGAUAGAUCUAGAAUUAAGUGGAAAUUAUCUGACUGGAAGGAUUCCGGCAGAACUUGGAUUGCUGAACAACUUGCAACAGCUUGAGCUUUACUAUAACCAACUCGAAGGUGAAAUACCUCAAGAGCUCGGGAAUCUGACUCAACUAAGAGACUUGGACAUAUCUGUCAACAAGUUGAGGGGCAAAAUUCCGGAGUCCUUAUGCCAACUUCCAAAGAUUGAAGCAUUGCAGCUUUACAACAAUAGUCUCACAGGGGAAAUUCCUGCAGUUUUGGCAAAUUCGACCACCCUUAACACGUUAUCUCUUUAUGACAAUUUAUUGACAGGGGAAGUCCCUCAAAAUCUCGGAAGUUCAUCAGUCAUGAUUGGAUUGGACUUGUCGGAAAAUCAGUUAUCUGGGAAGUUACCUGGAGGGUUAUGUGACGGUGGAAAAUUGUUAUAUCUCCUAGUCCUUCAGAAUUUGUUUUCUGGUGAAGUGCCCCCAAGUUAUGCAAAAUGUGAGUCUCUUAUUCGAUUUCGGGUUAGUAACAACAAUUUGGUUGGGGAAAUACCACAAGGGAUUCUAGCUCUUCCACAUGCUUCAAUCAUUGAUGUGGGAUAUAAUCAUUUGAGUGGUUCUAUUCCGAUUACCAUUUCGAAUGCUAAAAACUUGUCGGAGUUGUUCAUGCAGAGCAACAGGAUUUUUGGUGUUAUACCUUCUGAAAUCUCUUUGGGCAUGAAUCUAGUCAAAAUUGAUCUCAGCAACAAUCUUUUGUCUGGUUCCAUACCGUCCGAGAUUGGAAACUUGAGAAGACUCAAUUUGUUGCUAUUACAAGGUAACAAGUUAAAUUCUUCCAUCCCUGACUCACUUUCUUCACUCAAGUCCCUCAAUGUUCUUGAUCUCUCUAGUAAUCUCUUGACGGGAAAUAUCCCAGAAAGCCUUUGUAAUUUGUUACCUAAUUCGUUCAACUUUUCAAACAAUCUGCUUUCUGGUCCUAUUCCUGUCUCAUUCAUAAAGGGAGGACUGCUAGGAAGUUUUUCAGGCAAUCCAAGCCUAUGUGUACCUUCCUAUCUAAAAUCAUCAGACCCAAAAUUCUCCCUUUGCUCGAAUUCUUAUGACCAGAAGAAAAUAAACUAUAUCUGGGUGAUAGGAAUUUCCUUGGGUAUCAUUUUUGUUGGAAUUUUCCUCUUUAUGAAGAGAUGGUUUAGCAAAGAGAGGGCAAUGAUACAAAAUGAGGAUAUAUUAUCAAAUUCAAUUUUCUCAUAUGAUGUUAAAAGUUUCCAUCGGUUAAAUUUUGAUCAGUGCGAGAUAAUUGAAUCCAUGCUUGAUAAAAAUAUUUUGGGUUAUGGAGGAUCUGGGACAGUGUACAAAAUCGAGUUGAAAAACCGGGAAGUUGUAGCUGUAAAGAAGCUGUGGAGUCGAAAAGGUAAAAAUACUGCAUCAGAAGAUCAACUGAUAAUGGACAAGGAACUGAAAACUGAAGUCGAGACUCUUGGAAGCAUAAGGCACAACAACAUUGUGAAGUUGUACAGCUACUUCUCCAGUUUAGACUGCAGUUUGCUGGUUUACGAGUACAUGCCAAAUGGAAAUCUUUGGGAUGCAAUCCAUGGAGGGAAAGUCCUUUUGAACUGGCCUGCUCGACAUAAAAUUGCCCUCGGAAUUGCUCAGGGUUUGGAAUACCUCCACCAUGAUUUAGUUACACCAAUUAUUCAUAGGGACAUCAAGUCCACCAAUAUCCUAUUGGAUGUCAAUUACCAGCCAAAAGUUGCAGAUUUCGGAAUUGCCAAGGUGUUGCAAGCAAGAGGAAGCAAGGAUUCCACAACGACUGUAAUAGCAGGAACUUAUGGUUACUUGGCACCAGAGUAUGCUUAUUCUUCCAAAGCAACCACAAAGUGUGAUGUCUAUAGUUAUGGAGUUGUAUUAAUGGAACUAAUAGCUGGGAAGAAGCCGGUGGAGGCAGAGUAUGGGGAAAACAAGAAUAUCAUAGACUGGAUUUCAAGCAAGGUGGACAGAAAGGAAGGAGCCAUGGAGGUCUUAGAUAAAAGAGUAUCGGAAUCAUUCGAGGAAGAAAUGAUCAAGGUGCUUCGCAUUGCCAUACGUUGUACAUGUAGGACACCAACAGUCCGCCCCACGAUGAACCAAGCUGUUCAAUUUUUGAUUAAGGCAGAUCCUUGCAGAUUCGAUUGCUACAAGUCCUUGAAGAAUCCACAGCAUUUGUGA